AUGGCAUGCAGCUCAGCAACUUGCCAGUCCGGUUGCUAUAAGGACACCGGCGAAGUUGAACAAGAAACAAAGAAAAAUGAAUCAGCCAAUGGUAUCGUGUAUAGUGGCAACGGCGAUAAUCAUCUUCACAACCUGUGCUUAAAAUGCAAGGUUAACGAAGCAAUCGUCGCCGCCGGUGGCGGCGGCGGAGGAGAUGGUGGUCGAUUUUGUGCGGAAUGUUUCCGAAGUAAUCUUUUCGGCAAGUUUAGGUUUGCUGUCACUUCCAACGCCAUGAUUUCUUCUUCCGACAACGUCCUCGUCGCUUUCUCCGGUGGUCCUUCUUCCAGGGUGGCUCUUCAGUUUGUUCAUGAGAUGCAACAUAAAGCACUGAAGAAUUUUGAUGCAAGUAGGGAUAGGUCGUUACCAGUUUUUGGUGUUGGAGUUGCUUUUAUUGAUGAAACUGCUAUUUACCUAGUCCCUUCUCAUGACUACGACAAAUCAAUUCAAGACAUGAAAUUGAUUGUGUCAAAUGUAGCUCCUCCCAAGAAAGAAUUUCAUGUUGCUCCAAUUGAAAGCAUCUAUUCUUCAGACUCUAGUGAUGGAAGGGACCAGUUGAAAGAGUUACUAAAUGCUGUCAGUGAUGUUACUGGAAAAGAAGAUCUUUUGGUGCAUCUGCGAAUGUUGGCCUUGCAAAAGAUUGCUCUCGAAAAAGGAUACACAAAACUUGUGCUAGGUUCAUGCACAUCAAGGCUAGCCUGCCAUGUCAUUACAGCAACUGUCAAGGGCCAAGGUUAUUCUUUGGCAGGAGAUAUCCAGUAUGUCGAUGCAAGAUGGCAGGUGCCAGUGGUGCUUCCCUUACGUGAUUGUCUCACUCAAGAGGUCGACAUGCUUUGCAGUCUUGACAGUUUAAGGACUGUGGAGGUGUUUAACGGUCCUCGUUCCGGCAUCAAUGGUUUGGUCUCAUCGUUUGUUAAGCUAUUGCAGGAGGAAAAUCCUUCUCGAGAAUGCACAAUUGUAAGAACCGCUGGAAAGCUUACACCAUUCCAUUUCAAUAGGAUUCCAGAAAUUGAUGACUUUAAUGUUCAGUUGGCAUCCCGAAGGCGUCAAAAGAAAUUCAAUCUGAAGAAUAAUGAAUCUCUUCCUCCUGAGUUGUUCUGUCCGAUUUGCAAUAGCCCACUAAACAAAUCUGACUUCCUAAGUUCAAGCAGUUCUCAGAAUGGGCAAAUAAGUGCUGAAAUAUUUGGGGCUAAAUGUUGUGGGAGUUGCCAGUUUCAGAUACUUCCCAAGGAAUCAUCAUCUAUGGAGCAUUUUGUUUCACAAUUACCACCGGCAAUUGUUACCCAGGCAAAAAAAGGUGGCUUUGGCAACCAGAUAUGGCUAAGGGAGCAAAUCCAAGAUUGCUUACUUUCAGACAGCGAAGAUGGAACCCCUUGA